UCCAAAUUAAAAAAUUAUUUCUGAGGAGGACCCCCUUGUUCCUCAAGACUAACUCACCCAAAUGUAGUAUAAGUACUUUUUAUGUUCCAAGAUUAGUUUGAAUCAAUUAAAUAGUAUAGCAAUCAUAGUGUACAUAGACCCACAUUAUACUGUAUCGCAUGACCCCAUAUAUACUAUAGAAAUAUUCGGAUAGUGAUGGUUUGGGUUCUGGGAAUCUCCCGAGAUGAGGGUAAUUAUCUAAAUAUAGCUAUGCUGUCAAACUUGAGCGUAACACAAAUUUUUUAAAGAAAGAGUGAAGUGGAUUACACCAUACUUUAGUUUAGAAGUAGACCAAUGCGUACGUGCUGAAAGAAAAUGGGAAUUUACGCCUGUCAGAAGAGCAUUGGACAGCUGUGACAGUCAGAAAGCCUUGACUGGCUACUCGAGAGAUAAACAAAGAUUGUUGUGUGUAAUCAGGAGUAUUAGUAACAACUCACGAACCUCAGUAGAGCUUGUGUCAUGUCCACUAACUGUUCACCACCCAGCACUCCACCCACCAUGGCUUCUAAUGGUACGACCAAAGAGCCUUGUGAACAACUACCACCCAAGCAGACAGGUGUGGUUGGAGGCCUAAACAUCCUGUCUGCAGCCAUAUUUGUGGCUGCAGAGAUGGCAGGGGGCGGGAUACUAACAAUACCUAAGGCUGUGGUUGACUGUGGUUGGAUUGGGAUGGUUUUGGUGGUAGUGUUUUGCCUGAACGCAGCUUACGGUGGGACGAGACUGGGCGAAUGUUGGGCCAUUAUUGAGGAGCGAUAUCCACAUGAACUGCAAGGCAGGACCAGAGAUCCAUACCCCACUAUUGCAUACAAGGCUGUGGGCAGAUGGGGCAGCCUGUUGGUGUCAAUUUGUAUGCAGUGCACACUGUUUGGAGCAUCUGUGGUCUUCCUGCUGAUGUCAGCUCAGAUUGUGCAGGAACUACUCAAAGAGGUGCUACCUCAAGUUGGUUACUGCAAGUGGUUCUUGCUGUUUGCAGCAGCAAUCACACCACCCAUGUGGCUCGGAUCGCCAAAAGAUUUCUGGAUUGUUGGGUUUGGAGCAGUGCUGGCUACAUUUGUCGGUUGUAUUCUCAUCUUUUGCCAGACUGUCAUAGAUGGCAUCCACCUCACAGAGCCGGUCCCACACAACUCUCACUCAAUCAAUGGCUUUUUCUAUGCUUUUGGUACAAUCCUGUUUUCCUAUGGUGGGGCAGCCACAUUUCCGACGAUACAGAACGAUAUGGCCCACAGAGAAAAGUUUCCAAUUAGUGCUGCUAUUGGAUUCACUAUUGUGUUGAGCUUAUACAUGCCUGUGGUGCUUGGGGGCUACUUUGUUUUCGGAGACAACAUCAAGGACAACAUUCUGCUCUCUCUCCAUGGGGGUAUGAUCUCCACUGGAGCUAAUAUCCUGCUCGCAACUCACCUGAUCUGUGCUUUCUUUAUUGUGAUUAACCCUGUCAGCCAGCACAUCGAACAGAUAUUCAAUGUUCCACACAAGUUCUGCUUGAAGAGGGUUGUUGUGCGUACACUGAUGGUGGUGCUGAUGGUUGCCGUGGGAGAAACUAUACCUCAGUUUGGCAAAAUCUUAUCAUUAGUGGGAAGCUCCACUAUAACUCUCACAACGUUUGUUCUCCCACCUUAUUUCUACAUGAGACUCUGCGAUGAGACAAGUCCCAACUGGCCACAAAGGAAGAUUCCUCUGUAUAUCAGAGUGUACAUGUGGGAGCUGAUAGGCAUCGGUCUGGUGGGGGGAGCUGUCUCCACAUACAGUGCUCUACAGUCUAUUGUCUCCUCAGAGACCUUUACCAAGCCCUGCUACUGGCCGGACUAAAGGCAUCUGAAAUGGAAUUAACAUUUGCACUGUAUCAGUGGCAUUUGAACAUCGUUUUGUUGUUAUAUAUUAUUAAAGGUUCCACCAAGUGAAACUGAAUACUGUACGCUUCAUUAGUAUAUUAUUAUUAGUAUUAAUGUUUACUUAAUAAUUGUAUUAUAAGUUCCAAAUGUGGAAUACUACAGUGCUCAAUUAAUUGAGUUUUGUGGCCAGGGAUUAGAAAUUAAGGAUCUAAUGAAGACUUUUGUUUGAUUUUGAUAUAAAUAUCUUUACUGAUAUACAAAAUACUGAUCUUUACAAUACUAAAAACGUAUACUUCCUUAAUCACUGUAAUAGAUUAAUGAGAAUUACCUAUGAUGGUUUUAGAGAUGGUACAAGAGGGAGAGUAAGGAGGGGGGAUUGGGACAUUAUUCUUCCACCUCUAUCAGUCAUAGUUGUUGCUAUUACACAAUAUUAGAUAAAGAUUAAUUUAAAGUAAAUAAAUGAUGUCCUUAUUUUCCAGGGAAAUUAUGUUUUACAGCUGUUUAAUGGAUGAAGAAAUCUAUAGUUGUACAUAAUAAGCAAACAACACACAUUAUACAGUUUAAAAGAUCAGAACCGAUUCUUUUAUUUUUUUGUAAAAAAUUAGUCAAGAAGACCUGCCAAAGGUGGCAAAGCCUUGUAUUCUUGGAUUCAAAAAUGAAACUACUUUUUGGCACCUUCAAGGCGAAUCCUUGGUACCCGGGUAGAGCUGCAUUAUGACGUCCAACCGUGUGUAAGGAUUCUGAAUGUCCGACCACCAUAUCAAUAACUUUUUCCUUGCAAGACAGACACUCAUUUUAAUAGUAAACUGACCAACUGGGCGUAAUGGGAAACAUUUGGGCAUACAUUUAGAUAAUGAAAUAAACUUGAAGGAUUUAGAAAUAAACGACAAACACGACAGUAUUUUGUAUAUAUUUCAGUAUAAAUUAUGUUAUGAACAAUUUCUCUGGGAAGGUACAUGUAAAAUCAGUAUAAGUUUAAUUGAUUUAUAACAAAAGCAAUUUAUGACUGAUAAAUUGAAAACUGACAUUUUAACCUAUUUAUUAAUGAAGUCCUUACUUUGUUACAAUAAAAUAUAAGUAAAAGUCACAAUAUCAUUAUUACAUAUUAGAAAAAUACUUUAUUAAUAUUAGAAAUUCCGUUCCUUUGGUAGUGUUUUAGCCUAGUUACAUAUUUAUUCUUGAAUAAAUGAUUUCUAUUGCACUUAAGUUAUUUGAGAAAAUAAAAUUAGAAAUAGUCCUAAAUCAGUCUUCUGGUUCACCUCCCGUCCAAACAUUGGUUACACAUUUAACUUCUUAUGAUAUUACAACCUCACUGUGAAGAGCCAUUUUCGGUUUAACAUACAGUAUGUUGACUGAAGAUAGCUCUCCACAGCAAUGCCAAAAUAUCUGAAGAAAUUACUUGUGUAACCAAUUUUUCGACGUAGUGUGAACCAGAAAACUUUGAUGUUAUUUAUUAGAAUAGUAUUGAGAAAAGUUACUUAUAACGUAAACCUUUAAAAAGGCUUAAAAUUGUUAUUUAAUAAAUAAAGAAUGAAAUUACAACUAAGUGUAAGAAUAUUGAUAAUAAUAGUUUUUCUGUCUUUAAAAAUUAUUUAUUUUU